AAGCCUUGUAGUCUGUUUUUCGCCCAUUGAUUUGCAUUUCUUUGUUUACAGAGGAGUCUGAAGAGCAUUUGAUAAUGACGGUCGCUGAUAAUUCCGGGGCGAAAAUCAGGUCAUCGGGUCGAAAUGCGGAGAACACUUCGGAAGUUAAGUCCGAAGAAGAAAAACCAGCAGCAGCUGUUAACGGCAAUGACAAUGGCGGUUCGGCUGAGAAGAAUAAACAGAAAAUGCUUAUUGAGCUUAGCAGCGUCGAAAAUGGGGGAAAUGGUGAAAUUUUGAAGAAGGAAAUGAGUGAUUUGGCAGAGAUGUUGUCUAAGCUCAACCCCACGGCUGAGGAAUUCAGACCCCCUUCCAUUCCUAAUAAUCAGAAUCUUAAAGAGAAUCGAUUUUCUGGAAAUGGAAAGAAGAAGAGCAAUGAUAAGCGUAGUCAGGGGAAGAGAAUGUUGAACAAGAAAACUGACAUUAUUCAGGAAGAUGAUGCAAUUAGGAACACUGUUUAUGUUACUGGUUUUGAUCAUCAGGUUACUGAGGAGCUUCUUGCUGGUCUCUUUCUGAGUUGUGGACCGAUCGUUGAUUGUCGCAUAUGUAGUGAUCAUAUUUCAGCUCUCCGGUUCGCCUUCGUCGAGUUCUAUAAUGAAGAUGAUGCAAAGGCUGCUUUGAAUUUGUCCGGAACAAUUCUUGGGUUUUACCCUUUGAAAGUGCUGCCUUCCAAGACUGCAAUCGCACCUGUUAAUCCAACAUAUUUGCCCAACUCGGAGGUCGAGCGAGAGAUGUGUUUGAGGACUGUUUACUGUACAAACAUACACAAGAAGGUUACUAAAACUGGUGUCAAGCUCUUCUUCGAAUUUUUGUGUGGAAAGGUUCAACGCUUGAGGCUACUGAAAGACUCUAAUCAUCCAACCAACAGUGCUUUUAUCGAGUUCACUACGGCUGCGAGUGCCAUUGCAGCUCUCAACUGCAGUGGUGCAAUUCUGGGAUUAUUUCCAAUAAGGGUAGCUACGUCAAAGACACCAAUUCGCCGCCGUGCUCCUCACCCUGCAACACACUGAAUCAUCCUUGCUUGUUUCUUUCUCCAAGACUGAUCAACCACCCAUAGAUGUAUACACACACACGUCGGUUGAUACUCUCGGAGUUGGUGUUACUUACAGUGGUUUAAGUGCAUUGUUGCUUUGUUUUAACUUAUAGAGUUGUAUGUGAUUUUAAAGACAUGAAUGUACUAGUUUAUGUUGGCAU